AUGGACGCCCUUCGUGUAAAGUAUGCGCAGGUGUUGUUGAUGUGCGCAAGCGGCGCCGAACCAAAAAUCGUGUACUCUAGACUGCCGCGCAACGACACCGACAUGACGGUGCAGACGACCGAAGCGGACGACGACGAAACGACUGCGGCGAAUACUACGACCACUGCGGCGCUGGCCACCUUAGCGUCGAGUGGCCGACGGUACGCGGACAGCAGCAAGAGUAUGUCAUCCAGGGCCAACAACUAUUACGGCGUACAGUACUACGCGCCACCCUUUGUACACGGAACCGCCGCCGACGCCUUCACCCGUCAACUGCAAAUUCAGCAACAACAGCAGCAGAACCUCCACCACCACCAACGCCAUGCGCUGCAGCAACCCGCAACCGUGGCGGCGGCGCCGUACCAUCAACGAGGCGGCGACCGUCCGCCGUGGGAACAGACGGCAGCCGUGGUGCACCCCGACGUCGGACCGAUACUGAUGAACCCAUUGCAGCUGCAGCCGGCCGCCUACGACGACCCGUCCACGGCCCGGUACGCGCCGCCCAAACCACACAGGGCCCAGCCCGUGGCCAGGAUCGUCAAGUACUCGGAACCGGCGGCGGCCGCGGUGGCGUACCAGCUUCCGUACCUGGCGGCUGAGGCUGACGACCGAACGCUGUUGGACAACCUUCCGGCCCUCCAGUUUGCGCUACAGCACGCCACCGGUAAGACGCCGCCGCCGCCGCUGGUCUCUACGUCCGGUCACCAGCAGUACGCAGCCCUCCAGCAACCGCCUAACCACCAUUACCGUCACCAUCAGGUCAAACAGACACCGGCUACCACCAUGCAUCAGGUCUACCAGCCACCAACACACCAACACCUGCACCGCCACCAUCAGAGGCUGCUGCAGCCACAUCCCGUUCACCACGCACACAUGCAGCACCGAUACGCUCCUUACGGUGCAGCGCAACCGGCCACCCGGUACACCCAAGUGCCUUUCCUGUACAAUCUGCAGGCACCGCCCACCGCGCAGCGACAGCUGUUGGCACCAGCCGAGUACGAUCUGGUGACCCGGUUCAACAGACUGCUCAAGCAGCGCGAGAGGGAUGAUCGAAACAGGGUUCAGGAAUCGGCACGGCGCCGGCGGCCGGACGACGGUGACGUUAGCGGUGCCACAGUCGUCGUCGAUGAUAUCGAAGACGGCGAGGAAGAGGAGACGGCCACCCGGCCGGCUGUUAAGGCAAAAAAGGCCAAAAAGAAGAGGAAGAAGAAACCAGCAAAAGCCACCACCCCUGCACCGCCGGCCCCGGUCGAGGAGGAACUCGACGAGGAUGACGGUGACAGGCGACCACCGCCGCCACGACGACAUAAGCAAGUCGUUCGGCAGGACGACGAACGGGCCGACGACGAACAACCCAACUCCGAGGAACAGGAAUCUCAAAACGUGCACACCAGCGAAAAGUUGCCUGAAGGCACGAUUGUUGAUGAAACCGAAGACGAACUGCAACACACGUUAGACGAACCGUCUCAGCUCAGCGAACAGUUUGGUGGUGACUUAACAUUCGAAGAUGGUGGCGGCGAACGGGUUGAGUUCCAACUGCACGGCGUCGGCGGUCCUGAUUCGUACAAAUUUGGAUUUGACACCGGCAAAGGGGCCAACAGACAGUUCAGGUACGAGGAAAGGGACAACGGAGGAAACGUCCACGGCCAUUACGGAUAUCUGGACAACGACGGAAAAAUGCAAGUGUACAACUAUAGUUCGCAUCCGGAGCUUGGGUAUCGCGCGCAAAAGGCCGAAGCUCUCGAAGUGUGA